CUUAUUAAAUUUAUUUAUUUUAUAUUAUAUAAGAAAGUAAGUAAUAUUAAGGAAUUAAUAUAUAUUUUCUUUAAAAUAAUUAUUAUUAAUUAUAGUUUACUUAAAGAAAUAGUUUUUAAUAAAGAUAAACUAUUUACCGCUAAGUUUUAA